AUGUCAACUGUAUCAGGAAAAAAUUUACCAACACAAUGCAUUCAUACCUUUGAUUUGCAUGAGGGGCCUGUUCACAUUGCACGUUAUAACUCAAGUGGCGAGUACCUUCUCAGUGGAGGACAAGACAAAAAUGUGUGCUUAUGGAAUCCAGAGACCGGCUUACGUAUUAAAACAUAUACCGGGCAUGGAAAAGAAGUAUUAGAUAUCAGAGAUCGUCAAGUCUAUUACUGGGAUGUUUCCACUGGAAGAACGAUCAGACGUUUUGAGGGCCACAAUCAACGCGUGAACACCGUUGAUUUUAAUGCGGAGGGGACAGUAAUUGCCAGCGGUUCAUAUGACACAACUAUACGAUUGUGGGACUGUAGGUCACAAAGUCGUAUGCCAAUCCAGAUUUUAGAAGAAGCAAAAGAUAGUAUUACAUCUCUACAGAUCUCUCAAUAUGAAAUUGUAUCUGGAUGUACUGAUGGAAAUAUACGAACGCACGACGUUCGAAUGGGUACCCUUCUGACUGACUUAAUUUCACAUCCGGUGACAUCAGUAUCUGUGUCCAAUGACUUUAAUUGUAUACUUGCAAGUAGUUUGGACAAUGUUAUUAGAUUAAUGGACAGAGAAAAUGGCGGAAUGUUGAACUCCUUUAAGGGGCAUAUUAAUUCAUCAUACAAGAUUCAUUCUUGUCUAUCUAAGGAUGAUGCGUAUGUUAUCAGUGGAUCAGAAAAUGGUGCUAUAUACAUUUGGGAUUUACUGGAGGGAAAGGUAUUGACUACAUUAAGUAACGCUCAUUCGGGAGUUGUUACAUGCGUAAAAUAUCAUCCUCGCAUAGAUGCAAUGAUAUCUACAAGCAUUGAUGGGACAAUAAAACUGUGGAAGCCAGCAAAUGAAGUAUCGCAGUAG